AAUUCGGAAUCACCCCACCCCCCCAAAUUCCAUAAACCCAGCUGCAACCACGAUUUAUGCUUUAGAGCUCAAAUCGAACUGCCUUAACCAUGGCUUUCGAUUGCAACAAUAAUCACCGGAAACCACUAUUGUUUUCCGAUUUAUUCAAAAACCACCAAAACGACAAGGACCAGCACGGCGCGGCUUCCGCCUCUGCCUCCAGCUCAAGUUCGAAUCAGUUCCUAUCGUCGUGGGACUCCUCCUCCUCCGGCUUCAGCACGCCGCUCCGCUCCGACUUCGGCUCGUCAGAGGGGGACGACGCCGAUUUCAUCGCCGAUUUGACUCGUCAGAUGGCCGAGUGUAUGCUCGACGAUGAAGAAACCGCCGCCGCCGAUACUGUUUCUGAGGCGAGUAGCUACGAUAACUUGGACGCCAUUAAUAACGAGUCGUACUCGAGUUCUGUCCGCAUCGAUGGAUCCUCUCAAGCGAGUAUGAAGGUCUAUGAGUUGAAGAAUCAGCCGCAGCGCGCGACUCGGGGAAGACGACUGAGGCGAAGCGAGUCAACUCAGCAGAAAACAGAGCAGCAAUAUAAGCAAUACAGAGGCAGAGAAUGGGGUGGUGGACCUGUGAUAAAUGGUUAUUCCGGGUCGGUUAUGCAGGCGGUUUUUCUCGGCGGAUCCGGUCCGAGAAUCGGGUCUAGCGGAACCGGAGUUUUCCUGCCCCGUGAUCCGACUGAACCCAAAACAAAUCAGUUUUAUGAAUAUACAUCAACCAAUAACCUUGGUUUGGAAUCCUCCUCGUGGUGGGAUCCCAUCAUCGUUGAUAAGAAACUACUCACUUUAAAUGGUAUGUUUACGUCGGAUGGGGGAUCCUCUGCUGUGCACAAGUGCACAGCAGCCCAUGCUGUUCCUCACAAACAGGGGCUGCUGUGCACUUGUGCACAGGCAGAGGAUCCCCAUCCAUGUUACGUCUGCAUUUGUCGGCUAGCUAGUUCAUAA